UUCAGAGUUGAGAUAAGGACCGAGAUCCUGAUGACGCUAGCAGUAAACUCCAAGACGCCAAAACGAGACCGUGAUGGGCUUACAGGCGGGUUGGAUGCUUACCUGAUGGAGGAGGAAGUGCUGACAGACGAUGGUUUGAAUAUACCACCAAAGCGAGCGAGAGGGAAGCGAACUGCGAAGAACUUCGGAGCCGUAGAGGAGUGUGAAGAGGAGGCAAGGGUCAUGUCAAGAGCAGACUACGAGAAGAGUUUGAGAAGGAAGGCCUGUACGCCGACGAAGACCACGUUUGUUGGGAAGGAGACCCCGACAUCUAGGAACAUUGUGCAAAGCGUCCUGGAGACUAGAGCGAAGCUCAUGGCGAAAGAAUGGCGGGAAAUCAAGAAAUUGUGUGAGGCGAGAAACAUUACCUACGGAGAAGGAAAAGAGGAGACAGAUCAAGACUUCCUAGGUAGGGCAAUAGGAAAAAAAACGAGCGUAAAUAUUCGGAAGAGGAUCACAGUGCGGGUCAGGUACGGGAGCAGUGUGAAGAAGAGAGGUAUCAGAGAUGUUCUCAUCUCAAAUAUCGAGAGCUGUGACUUGCAUCCUGCGAUUGCAGGGAUUUUCAGACAGAAGGCGAGGGUUGUCUGGAGAAGGAACAAUAAUGUGGUGGAGAUCCUGUGUAACUACAAGCAACUGAGUAAGAAGCCAGAACUUCCUUGUGCGUGCAAGCACUAUGGUUUACCUGUCGUUAGUGGCCACGUGCUUACGAGAGUGUCCGAUGUCCCAGGGCUCCCAGCCCUGGUUUACAACGGGAAGAACGUGGUCCACCCCAGACUAGAGACGACAAAAGAAGAAGUUAGCAGCAGCAUAAGACUUGCACUCACAACUGUGCUUGGGAAUCAUUUUAGCGGACACCUGCCUGAUCUGCAGAUCAGCGAUUGCUUCUCAUCAGAAGGGAAUGAGCGCGUUAGCAUGGACGAGGGUAUGGUUUACGUCGUCAAGAAGCAGUAUAAGGAUCUCCUGAUUACGCAAGUUGACAGAAACGCGGACGAUUUAGUGAUGACAUGUACAUCCACGUACCAGUACAGCUUGGACAAGAUGUUUACCUGGAAUACAGCAUAUGACGAGGUUAGCAGCGGCGAAGCGGAAACACUGAAAGAGAUGAAGCGAGAUUUUGAAGGCCUUGGACUGCACAAGCUCGUGAACUGGAAUUCAAAGGGGAAGAUCGGUAGUGCAUACGUGCUACCCAAGCACAAGGAUCUUGAGCGAUGGCGACCCAUAGCCCCUGCUUGCAGCGAGCCCACCACGACGGGCAGUCGAUGGAUAGCGCGGACACUCAACUACCUAUUGGAGAAGCUUCCCGGAGCAUAACAUUUCAACCUCACUGCUACGGCCUUGCUCAAGC